GGGUCUAGAGACAGAAUCUGUACCUUCUAUAAUUCAGUUUCCUUCUCUAUGCAUGGAAACUGUAGUCUAAUGCAAAACAAGUGUGUAUCAGAGAUGAGACAAUUCCCCAGAUACAGCACCUUCACCAGGCAGAGCUUUGCUGUGAGAAGAGGUUGUGACAAAAGGUUGCUGCAACAAGGGGCUCUGUGAUUGCUGGUUUACCUCCUGUAAGCAUUUCUUGCUAGGUCUGCUCACUGCUUCCUACAUCCACUUCUGCUGAAGUGCACUUCAGCGAGUAGCAGAUCUUUUAAUCAUUCUCAAAAGGAGCAAGUGCUGCUUAUGCUGCUGCUGUGUUUCUUCCCCUCUCUGACUGCUGGGCACAAAGCACCUAUAACUGUCAGACUGCCAGAAAUUAUAGAACACAGAAAACGUUCCUGAUGUUAUGAAACAUCAGGAAACACAGAGGGGGAAAUAAAAAUUCCACUUACAGAACCAUAAUCUGAGAAGAUGAAGGAUAUCUUCUCAGGGAAGACACAGGCAUGACCUCACUAGUGAUGUGUUGGAUGUUCCAAAGCAACAUGAUCCUGUCAUGACCUUCUGUGCUUUCUGUGACAUAAAGAAAAAAGUAAACUAUCAUCUGAAAUCUCACCAAUACAGUACUCUGGAAAGUUAUCCAGGCACAAGGUGGUGGCAAUCAAACUGAACACUUAGGGAAAGUUUCUUCCAAGAAACAGAGGAAGCACAUGGCAGCACAAGCAUGAGGGUGAUCCAGGUCUAGAGAGCAGGAUGAAUGAGAAUACGAAGACAAGGGAUGCUAUAGAUCAGAGUGACAGCAAUAGCAAAGCACCGGGAGAUGCCCAGAGGCCAAACUGGCUGUUGAGGACACAAAAGAAGUUGUUUCCUGCCUGCAUCCCCAUUGGCUGGUGCAGAUUUUUCAGCCCUGGCAGGGCAGGCUCUGCUAGUAUAUCUAGCCGGCAGCACUCCUGAACGGGCAGAGAAAAAGGCAAGCGCUGGUGGUCUCUCAAGGCUGGAGAAUGGACCUGAAGAUGUUCCCAGUCUUCACUGCAUUUCUGCUUCAUGCUGCCCUGGGCUUCCCUAUUCAGGAGGCCUAUGAAAACAGCACAACAACAACAGAACCUACUGAGGUUACUACACAAGAGGAUAUAUAUGAAUCUCCGUUGCCUACAGAUACUGACUUUGAGGAUGAAGUUGUUUUUAACAGAAUUCUGGACGUUAACAAAGCGAGUUCUCAGUACCUGCAAGAAGGUGACAUAGUUCCACAAAGAAGUCGCAGUGCCAUCAAUUGUCGCCAAUGCAAAUGGCCCCAGUCCAGCGAUGGGAUUGUUCGUAUUCCCUAUGUCUUGGAUCCAGCUUACGAGGAGAGCCACAUAAAGGGGAUUCAAGAUGCCAUGGCAGAAUUUGAAACACUGACUUGUAUUAAUUUUGUGAAGCGCAAGACAGAACGUGACUACCUCAACAUUAGAUCUGUUGAUGGCUGCUGGUCCCACUAUGGGAAAGUAGGAGGUGGACAGACCGUUUCUGUGAUGAAAGGAGGCUGCAUGUGGAAAGGAAUAAUUCAGCAUGAACUGGACCAUGCUCUGGGCUUUUUGCACGAACAUUCUCGAAGUGACAGGGAUAAUCAUGUAAAGAUCAUGUGGGAGUACAUCAGUCCAUCUGACAGGUCAGACUUCAGGAAGUUUGAAAACUCCAAUAACUUGGGUCUUCCAUAUGACUAUUCCUCAGUAAUGCACUACGGCCCGUACACAUUUACUAAUACCUCUGGGCAAGCAACUAUUGUACCAAUUCCUGAUGAAUCAAUACACAUUGGACAGAGGCAGGGACUGAGCAACUUGGACGUGGCUAAAAUCAACAAACUUUACAAUUGCAGUCGCUGCAGCACUAUUCUGGAUGCAGCAUCUGGGUUACUGAGAUCUGCCAACCACCCAAGGAAUUACUCAGAUAACACCAACUGUGUCUGGCUCAUCCGAACCCGAUCCAGAAAGAUUACCUUGCACUUUCAAGCCUUUGACCUGCAGAGAACCAAAGGCUGUCAGGGUGAUUAUGUUAAAGUUUAUGAUGGAUCCAGCAAGUCUUCUGCAGUUCUAAUGGACAAGACCUGUGGAUCGAAGUUACCCAAUGAUGUAGUUGCUUCUGGCAGUCUUAUGCUCGUAGAGUUCGUCACAGAUGGUGCUGAUACAGCUUCUGGUUUCCAAGCCGUCUUUACCUCUGAGAAGACUCAAAGAAGAGCUGGCAACAACUGAUGUAAUGAAGAAGAACCUAUUUUGUGAAUAUUGAAAUUAUGUGUUUCUUACUUUGCUCCUGUCCUGGUUUGGAUCAGUAUCAAAUUUAAUUCUAAUAAGAAUCUAAGUCUUCAUCUUACUGAGAGAGUUUAUUCCUCAAGCCAUACGAAUGUAUGAAUUCUAUACAUCCAGCGUGCUACCCUUUUGUCUGCACAAUUAAGUUAUUACCUCUUUCUAUUUAACAAUUGAAUAAAAAGCUUCAUAAAAAAUGUUUCUAUUUCUGUUUUCCAGUAGUCCUUUCCAGCCAUACACAUUAUGUGGUCUUAUACCACUGACAUCAUCAUAGGUCUGGUUAGCUGGCUGAAGAGACCAGCUCAAAACUUUACAAAUUCAUUUUAUGACCUUCACAGUCUUUCACGUCUUAGAUGCAGCCUCUUUUCCCAGCCUAAAAUUCAAACUUCCAAAAAUGACAUCUCCCUUAACAAUCCUCCUAUACCAUAAAUUGCAAGAAAGAGGGAGAAGACAAGCGUGUUGCCAGUAAAGGACUGGUACUUCUGUUGUGGUUUUCCUUGUACAGCUCCAGUAGGAAGGGGCCAGCUAAGGGUGCUUGUUUACCCACAAGCCAUUUUUAGUCCACCAAUACAGUUAAACCUAUCACAGGACAAAAGGUGGACUAGAUAAUGCCCCCAGAGUCAGGCAAGCAGCCCAACUCUCUGAUCUCACAAGGAUAGAGAGCUGUAAGAGUGGUGGAGCUCCUGGAGACUUCGUUUCAUAGCCUUUGCCUGCAAUCACACUUUUAAAAUGACGUCCUCUUGACCAUGUCAAGCCUGUAAAAGAUCUGAGAACUAAAUAGGCUGUUAUUUUACUCUUGUAGCGUAGACAGACAGUAUAACAUAUGACUAACCUGUGUAUUUAAUACUUGUAUAUUCAGGACUGAAAAAAAAUCAAAUGCUUUUCCUGUUCUUACUCUGUAACACUAGGAAUCUUGGUAUUUUUCUCAUAGAAAUACAUUUCUAGAAAAGGACAGUGGGAAAUCCAUUUGAAUCUCAGAGUAAAAUUUAUACAGCAAAUGCCAAAUUAUUAUUUAUUUUUUUUUUUAAUAUAUGCACUAAUAAGACUCAGUUUGCAAGAAUUUGCUCAAAGCCCUGUCUGUAUUUAUACUAUUUGAUGAAUAAUCACUCACUUCCUCAUGUUAGAAAAAUUAUAAUACCAUUGACAAUCGCUUCUUUAUCCACAGUGGCUGUUGCAAAUGCCUCUGAAGACAGAAAUUUUGAGACUGCUUUAGAACAAACAUUUCAUCAGUUCUUUAGAUGCUGCAAAACAGGUUCAGCUCCUGGUACAUUGUUCUAGUUACUCUCAGCAGUCAAGUGUUGCUAUCAAUACAUCACAAAAGGAGUAGUACUUAAGAAAUAUUGUUAAAUAUGCAGUUCUAGAGAAAAAUAUUUGACAGCUGUGAUUCCCAAUAACCUACAAAACAAAGUGGAGGAAAUAAUAAUGCAAAGCCAGAAUCAAUGGACAGAUCAGUGAGUAGCAACAUGCUUUUCUGGAGAGGAAUUUCAGGUGGGUUUAAGGUGUUCCAUAGGGUGAUGAAAAGACAGGUUCAGGUGACCUAGGUUCUUGUGCUUCGAGGAGGGAUACAUCAGAUGAGAUUUGUGGAAAAGAGACAUGAAAUACUGUUGGCAAUGACUGAGAAUUUAAUAAAGCUGUGAUCAUCUGUGUAUUGCUAAAA